GCCGUUGUUCGUUUCAUAUCCGGAGUUGUUACCUUAUGUCUUCUGGUAUAUGCACGUGACCUUUAAUCACAUGACCCAAAAAGACAUGAGGUCAAGCAGCUCUGUCUUGGCUAUCGAUGAUUGCCUACUCCUAUUUGUAUAUUGUAUUCAGAUGUCAUGAUUGCGAUUCUCCAGAUUUUCUUUCCCUUCUGCUUUCCAACACGUAUACUACGCCAGAACAGACCCGGAAUUGAGCUUAGGUACAUUCCUUAUACCCAUAGCCAUAACUGCAUAACGCAGAGGAAGCCGGCAUUCCCGCACUUGCCCCCUUCGGUCAGGUUGACAUUGCUCUUUUCCAUCAUCUACUUUCCAGUCCUCGUGCCAUCACGCUGAGCCCUGAGUUUGGAACUCAAACAGUGAGGUCCCUCGACAUUGAGCUCCUUGCAUUCCGAAACAGCGCCUGCCCCUCCUCCACGACCCGCUCGCCCAUCGCCUCCAUGCCCACCAGUCUCCCCUCCUCCGCCCCCAGCUUUAGCCCCGUUGGCUUUGGCAGCUUUCUGCGCUGAGCGUGCUUCGCGAGACUGACGGCGUGGUAUAUCAGCGUCACUAUUACUCCUCCUCUAAUGAAAUCAGGCAGACUCACGCCUGGCUUAGCAUUCGCAAUUCGCGCUGCAGAUGCCUCAGUAUGGCCUCCUCUAGUCAUGUUGGAUAUGUUGCAAGUGUUCUGAUUCCUAGCUCGAUGAGUGUUUCGAUGUCGAUUGUUAUACAGCCGGAGUUCUCAGCUUGAGGAUGGG